AUGUCUGAACGACUUCCUACCAAUGACGAAAUCACCAAGCAAGCUGCCAAAGGAAUCUUAUUCACCCCGGAGCAGGUUCAAAAUAUUGCUAAGAAGGAGUUAGAGAUCAGUGGUCCAGGUAUUGCCGCCGGCGGGCCGGCUGCUACCGCCCAAAGUUUCUAUGACAAGCAACAAAACUUCCUUGAGGAAGCUACCAAGUUGGUUGAUAAACCAGCUGCUGCUAUUUCCAAGGAACAAGCUUCACACAUUAUGUCCCUAGAGACGAAAGCCCUCGCUGGCCAACGUCCGGCUAAAGGCUCUCUUUCUUCAACUCUCCAGUCUAUUGCCGAUCAUAACUUAACGGAAUCUACUACUGACAACAAGGAAGCCGAGGCUUUCGUCACGAAGGGAGAUGCUGCAAAGGCUAUGCAUGACGAGGCUGUUGCUCAUGGUGGAACAGUUGCCAAAGGUAGCAAUGCUUCUCAAUUGCAGAGUAUUGCAGACAAAACAGAACACUUAAAGCAUACUCUUGCGGAAAGUCUUCUCAAGGAAGCCAGAGAAUAA